AUGGCUGCUGUUAUCAUCGCACUGCGGCGGCAGGGGGCACAGCAGGUGGUGACGGACGAGGUGGAGUACGAGACAGCUGAGGAGCUGGAAAAGACCGUCAUCCGGAAAGGAAAUGUAGACAAGAUGACCUACCUUGGCAGACAGCCGGAUUGGCGCAAGAGCUACCUGUCACUGUUCGCUGACCGACUCAGUAUCGGGAAAGGCAAGGAUGUCAACAAAGCAUCGGAGAACAUCUUCCUGGACGACAUUGAGGACGUCAUUCGGUUCGAGAGCGACGGGGUACUGGGCAUCCGCUACAACACAGAGAAGGCGCCGACGUCGAAGAGGAAGUCGUUCAGGUCGAUGUUCGACGACACGCCCAAGUCACAGCCCGACAUCAGCGGGCACAACCAGCAAGUUGAGUCGAUGAAGACUUUCCAUUGCUUCGAGAUCGUGACGACGUUGCGCGGGAGGCUGGUGGGGCGCAAGUACCUGUUCAGGGCCGAAUCGCGGGAGGAAGCGGAUGAGUGGGAGCAAGCUAUCAAGGCCGCCGGUGCAAAGCAUGGGCAGAUCGCCAAAGGGAUGAAAGGAAGCAGCCUGUUAGAGAGGUUGAGGUACAGGGCAAGGAAAUUACAUGCCAGCGACACAAUGCAGAAGGUGUCGGGCCUCAUUGUUGUUGCGAGCUUCAUCCUUUCGGCUGUUGAAGUUCAGCUCAAUGUGGACCCCUCCUCACACGCAGCCCACCUCAUGGACACCCUCGAGAUGUGCUUCACGUACCUGUUUGCUGCUGAGCUCGCGCUGGCUCUGUUUGCCUACUGGUUCUGGGACUUUUGGAAGUCUGCAUGGAACGUCUUUGACCUGAUCAUUGUCUCGGUGUCUCUUGUCGCGAUGUUCGUUGAUGGGAUUCCUGUCUUUGUCACGUGCAUCUACGCGAUCCUGGCAGUGCAUCUCUUUGCAGAUGCGGAAGGAGGAGCCGGGCCCUUCGGCACCUUCCUGUCUGCCAUGUUCACCAUGUUCCAGGUGUGCACUGGAGACGCAUGGGCAAGUAGCAUAGCCCGUGGGAUCAAUCCAAACGACUCGGGGCAAUCUUCUCUUCUGCCUCCUCUGAUCACUAAGAUCAUCUGUAGACUCGCUGCUGCCUUCUUCACCUCCUACAUGCUGAUAGCGGGGAUCGUGCUCAUGAACAUUGUGGUUGCGGUGCUAUUGGACGAGUUCCUCAACUGCAUGUGCAAGAUUAGGGAGGAGGAGAGGGCGAAGCAAGCCUACUCUAGAGCGUCGGAGGUUGACUUCCACCCGCUGGACUCGCUCCUGGACGUGCUAGCGAUGAACAGGUCGGCAGAAGAGCUGCAGGACUCGAUCAACACGCUCUUCCUCUCGCUGGACUCAGACCUGUCGGGGUCGAUCACGUUCCAGGAGCUGGUGGAUGGGCUGAACAAACUAAACCUGAAGAAAGGAGUGCUGCUGACGCAGGACGACUGGGAGGGACUGAUAGGCGACGAGAUCCGCAGCCAUGAGGCGAUCGACUCGGUCAAGUUCCAUGGCAUCAUGAUGGAACAGCUUCGCAUGCACCUCCUGCGGCGACUUCACAAGGCCUGCGUGACCGGGGACAGGAGGGACGAAUCGCUGCUGCUGUGCUUGAAGUGGAUUGUUGCCGAGCUUGCCCACAACAAGAGCUCGAGCGUGCAGCAUCUGCAGGAGAAGAUGGAGGAGAGGUUCAGCUCCUUGAGCGACAAGAUGGAGAGGAUCUUGGACAAGCUGCAGGGAGGGGAGGAGGACGAGGAUAGCAAGAGGGCGAGGGGAGCGAGCAGGGCAAGUACCGUCAAGGUCGCUCCAUCGCUGCAGGAGGAGGCAGAGGGGGCGAGCGCGCAGGCCUCGUCAGGAGAGAGCACAACACUGUCGUCGUGUGAGAGCGAGGAGGCUGCCAACGGUCAUGCCGCAAGCGCCUUCGCUGCUCAACCUCGGCUGGUCCAUCCCAACCUCAGGGCCGGGAAACCGCUACAUGGCUACUACCAUCCGGCGCUUCCUCCUCGUCCCCCUGCCUCUCCCCCUGCUUCCUCUCACCACUCCCCUCCUGAUUCGCCUCCUCCUUCACCUCCUCGAGUCCCGUCUGCUUCCCUUCCUGCUCUCUCCUCCCCUCUUGCUCCUCCCAUGAACGUCAAUCGCGCCACACAGCCUGAAGAAAAUCCGCCAACCCUCGUGAGCGUCACUGGACGCGCGAACAAGGACGGGAAAGCCACGAGCGGUGCAGGAGAGCACGGAGGAGACCUGCAGACCCCCUCCCGGAGCUCCGACCGAGCGGCAGAGGCCAAGAGGACCGAGGAGAAGGUGGAGGCAGCGGAGGAUCCGUGGAGGAGGAGGAUGACAGAAGCUGCUCUCUUGCGCAGUAUGAAAGUUGCUGAGGCUCUGCAGCCUCAGAGGAACGGACGGGAGGAGGAGGGGAACGGGAGGGAAGGGACAAGGAGUGAGGCACUCUCCCUCUCUCACCCGGUCACGAAAUGGUUUGAGCUCCCUCAGGAGGAGGAGGAGGUGAAGUUGAGCAGCAACGGUGCUCGACUCCAUUCCUCCUCCGUGCAGCCCGGGAUGAAGGAGCUGGUGCAGCGAGUCAACGGAAUGGACGGAGCAGCUGCUGUAUCCCCUUCCCGUUCUCAUCCUCUCUUGGAGCUUCUGGGGCUCAACUCUCGCAACGGCUCAUUCUCCCUUGUCAACGGCAGCAACGAGGAGAGGAGGGAGGGACUUAGCCCUGUAGCUGCGCAGAUGAGGAGGGAGCUGCUGAUGUCUGGCGGGAUGGACGGGGGGUGGGGCGGGAAGGAGGACAGAGGGAUGAACGGGCAGCUGCAGGAGGAGGGUGGAGCUCGCAGCGAAAGUGUAAUGAUGUUCAGCAGGCGAACCAAGAGAUGA